GUGCUGGACAAAUUCAUGUCUCGUCUGGUCCAGAACCGGGUGAUGGGACACAAAGACCUGCGGACUCUCAGCAAAUAUCAGAUCAUCCUCGCCAGGGAUCAGUUCCGAAAGAACCCACCGCCGAGCGUCAAGGGUCCGCAGCAGGGAAUGCUUGAGGGCGUCUUUGCCCUUUGCAUCAGCCUGUACCACGGCUAUGAGCUCCUGAUGCAGAUGGGGCUCCGAUCCCUCUUCUUCUACAUCCAGGGAAUCAUGGACGGAUCCAGAGAGAUGUCCAGGGCCAAGAGUGAGCUGCAGAGGACUCCCACCUUCAUGGACCUUUACCAUGAAAUGGAAGCAAUGUUUGUGAAGCCAUCUGCUGGUCCAGAUGAGCCAUUUGUUUACAGUCACCCCAAACUGGAGAAACUGGAGGAGGUGGUGCUUCAGCACUUCAGACAGUGGGCUGAGAGCUCUGCAGAAAAUAAUG